CGGCACUUUGUGCGUGCGUGUGCGCGCGCGCGUGGGAGAGAGAGAGAGAGAGAGAGAGAGAGAGCGAGCGGGUGACGAACUGGAGCUUCGAACAAGGCGGAAAAGCCCUCAUGCAGCCAAACGAAGAUCAAAGAGAAACCAAGAAAAAAUAAACAUACCAAAAGAAAGAUACAUAGGAGUACUAGUAAAACUAGUAAUUAAUCCUGAGCUUUUGUUUGACUUAACUGUCGAUUCGAGCACUGACAACGUUAUUACAUUCAAAAAGUCCGAAUCAUAUAUGAUAUGGCCACCCACUUAAUGCAAAUUAUCCAAAAAAACCUUUAUCUUAUUGAAUUUAGGCCCUACUAUUUGUUUGCCUCAAUUCGUUUGAAGGAAAAAGAGUCUUCCUGCUAGUACUUGUUUAAUAAUUGUUCACAAUUACACCUUUGGAUUUUUGUGUUCUGUUUCCAAUCAGAACUUUUACUUUACGAGUUCGUCAAAGACCCUUAAAAUUGGUAGUUGAAAGUCCUUUGAUUCCCCAUGUGGGUCGGUCAGUUUUUCCGUUUCGUCAUCUGAGGCGGUGAGUUUUCUUUGUUUUUUCAUCUGGGUCUCGGCUAUUUUCUCGAUUUCAGCAGCUUUCGACAUUGAAAUUGAGGGCUUUUACCGUUUUGAUUCGAUCAGUAAGGGAAAGUUGAUUAUUUUGCUCAUAUAUCUGUGACAAAGGUAUAGGGUUUGGUUUGUUUCGUUUCCUGGAUUCUGGAUUCUGUUAUUAGGGUCUUCUAGUGUUUGGGUGUUGAAUUCUCGCAGGAUUUGGAUUGUUUCUGGUUAGAUUUUUGUUCUGCUUGUGGCUCUGGAUGUGUUGUGGAUGAUCUUCUCUAGGGUGGAAAUUGGUGCUGCAGUUGAGGGUUUUAAUCCAGUGGAUGUCAUGAUUUUCGGAUUUAAAUUGUGAGGCUUUGUUGCAGAAUUGGGGUUUCUACUCCCUGGGAAAGAAAAUUUGCAUUGUAAAUGAUGUUUCAUCCUCAAGGAGCUUUAAAACAAUCUUGUACUCUUCUUGCUGUAACCUGUGGGGAAAAUUCCGGAGAUAAACUUAAGAAGGAUGCUGCAGAGGAUAAGCCGAGAUACCCCUUUCCGGAGUUGGUAUCUUCUGGACGUUUGGAGGUUCAGACUCUGACCAAUCCAAGCAAAGAAGAGUUUUGUAAGACACUGGAGUCAUAUAAGCCCAGUAUUGUGUACUUGCAAGGAGCGCAGCUUGAGAAUGAUGAAGUUGGGCCUCUGGUGUGGGAAGGUGUUGACAUGUCCGCCCCUGAAGCUAUAUCUGAGAUCUUUGCUACCGCAUUGCCUACCGCUGUUUAUUUGGAGAUCUCAAAUGGAGACAAAUUAGCGAAGGUUCUUUACUCAAAGGGGAUUCCUUAUGUGAUUUAUUGGAAGAAUGCAAUUUCUUUUUAUGCUGCUUGCCAUUUUCGUCAUGCAUUAUUUUCAGUGGUACAAAGUUCAUCAACUCAUACAUGGGAUGCUUUCCAACUUGCGCAAGCUUCCUUCAGGCUUUACUGUGUACGAAACAACCAUGUCCCUCCUGCUAACAGCCAUAAAGUUAUUGGGGAGCUGGGGCCAUGCCUUCUUGGGGACCGUUUGAAAAUCAAUGUUGACCCUCCUGAGAUAGAUGUUGAGGGAGAUGAUGAAAGUUCUUUAGAUACUCUGCCUGCUAUAAAGAUACAUGAUGAUUAUGUGAGCUUGAGGAUUCUUGUUUGUGGAGUGCAUUGUACAUUGGAUGCAUGUCUACUAGAAUCAUUGGAAGAUGGCCUCAAUGCCCUCUUGAACAUUGAAAUACGUGGGAGCAAACUUCAUGGCAAGUUUAGUGCCCCUCCACCACCUCUUCAGGCAGGGACAUUUUCUCGUGGUGUUGUGACCAUGCGAUGUGAUGUGACAACCUGCAGUUGUGCCCACAUCUCACUUCUGGUGUCUGGUAGUGCGCAAACUUGCUUUGAUGAUCAGCUCCUGGAGAAUCAUAUAAAGAAUGAAAUUAUUGAGAAGAGUCAACUAGUUCAUGCAUUGCCCGAUGGUGAGGAGAACAAAAUUACAUUCUCUGAGCCUCGUAAAUCAGCCUCAGUUGCCUGUGGAGCGACAGUAUUUGAAGUUUGUAUGAAGGUCCCUACAUGGGCUUCACAGGUUUUGAGGCAGCUAGCACCAGAUGUUGCAUAUCGUAGUUUAGUUGCACUUGGCGUUGCCAGCAUCCAGGGAUUGCCUGUUGCUUCUUUUGAGAGAGAUGAUGCUGAGCGUGUGCUUUUUUUCUGUUCAAGGCAUGGGAAAGAUACCUGUACAGACAAUUUGAUUUUUAGCAGUCUCCCUAGUUGGUUGCGACCCCCUGCUCCUAGUCGAAAGAGGGUUGAAUCAACCCAAGGGACUACCCCUGCUUCUCAUGACAGUGCAUAUAAUAAAAUUGAUGAAGAGGUCAAGGACACUGGAUUGCGGAAUGGGGUUGGCAUGCCCUUGCUCCCAGCUAGGAAAAGAUUAAAGGUUGCUGCAAUGAGGCCUAUUCCCCACGUUCGACGCCAUAAAAUGACACCAUUUUCUGGAAUGUCUGAGGCAGAUGGGCAUGAUGGAGGUCAAGUUAAGGUUAAUUUGCCAGUUGUUGCCCCCACAAAGCACAAUAUUGUAGGAUCAACUCCUCCAACGCAACGAAGAUCAUAUUCAAGCUCAUCUCAGGCUAAGCAGAUUAUUUCCUUGAAUCCACUACCAUUGAAGAAACAUGGGUGUGGUAGAAGUCCAAUGCAGAAUUGCUCUGAGGAGGAGUUUCUGAAGGAUGUGAUGCAGUUUCUAAUUCUUCGCGGCCACACUCGACUUAUCCCUCAAGGUGGACUUGCUGAGUUCCCAGAUGCCAUACUUAACGGGAAGCGUCUUGACCUCUACAACUUGUACAAAGAGGUGGUUACAAGAGGAGGCUUUCAUGUUGGCAAUGGUAUCAACUGGAAAGGGCAAAUCUUUUCAAAGAUGCAUAAUUACACAAUGACGAACAGAAUGACUGGUGUUGGUAAUACGCUUAAAAGACAUUAUGAAACUUACCUACUAGAAUAUGAAUUGGCUCACGAUGACGUAGAUGGGGAAUGUUGCUUGUUAUGUCACAGUAGCGCAGCUGGGGAUUGGGUGAAUUGUGGUAUAUGUGGUGAGUGGGCCCACUUUGGCUGUGACAGAAGGCAGGGUCUCGGAGCUUUUAAGGAUUAUGCAAAAACAGAUGGGCUGGAAUACAUAUGUCCACAUUGUAGCAUUACAAAUUUCAAGAAGAAACCGCAGAAAGUUGGAAAUGGAUUUCCCCCAGGGUUGAUGGUAACACGACCACUGUGAUUCAGUUUUUCAUUCCUUUCUCUCACUUUUUUUUUUUGUCCUCUUUGGCUCACCAGUUUUGGGGUUUCAUUUCCUUAUAUCACGUAUGAGAGACAAAAUUUGUUCGGCUGUUGGGUUGCAUAUACUUAAUUAAUUAUUUUCUCAUCCAUUUUCAUUGCAAGUAAAUUAGGGGAUUAUGGGGCAAAACACAAGUAGUAGAGAAGCAUACAAGUCAAGAAAUGGAGCAUAACAUUACGAGUAGGAGUUAUUAUAUAUAUAUAUCUUUUGUUUUAGUAGGGUGGUAAGGUGUUUAGGGUAAAUAUGCCCCUGAUUUGUGAAGGGUUGGUUGUAAAAUAUUAUGAUUUCCCAUUGAACAUUUGACUGAUCAUGUAGCUCAAUAACAAUGAUGGAUAUUAUCCGUUAAACAAUUCUCUUCAUUCAGAUAUCCGAAGGAGUAACCUACAUUAUUGUUGAUGUAUA